AUGUCAACCACUGUCGUCCCUAAACUCUUCCAGCCUACCAAGGUCGGGAAAACCGUGCUCGCGCAUCGUGUCGUGAUGUCGCCGAUGACGCGCUGCCGCGCGAACGCCGCACACGUCCAUGGGGACCUCGCGGGCACAAUCAUUGCCGGGAAGGCCGGGGGUAUCCCGUUCGUCCCUGGCAUAUGGAACGACGAGCAGGUCGCUGCCUGGAAGCGCGUGACUGACGCGGUGCAUGCUAAAGGCUCGCGCAUAUUCUGCCAGCUAUGGGCUAUCGGAAGAGCCGCGGUGCCCCAAGUCCUCGCUGCAGGGGGCUACGAGCUUGUGUCUGCCUCUGACAUACCCGCCAAGCCGGACUCCAAGGUACCCCGCGCUUUGACCAUCCCCGGUAGGGUCUUUCUCACUUUAGGCGUCACGAUCACCCAACUGACGAGUACGGAGAAUACGGAGAUCAAAGAGUAUAUCCAGCUAUACACGGAUGGUGCUCUCAACGCCGUGCGCGCGGGCUUUGAUGGUGUCGAGCUGCACGGCGCAAGCGGGUACCUCAUUGACCAGUUCACCCAGGAUGUGAGCAACAAGCGCACGGACGAGUACGGAGGCUCGAUAGAGAACCGCUGCCGCUUUGCUCUCGAGAUCAUCGAGUCUGUAUCGAAGGCAAUAGGCGCUGACAAAGUGGGCAUCAAGUUUGGUCCUUGGGUUACCCUCCAGGGAAUGCGCAUGGCGGACCCCAAGCCUACUUUCGCCUACCUCGUCUCCCGCAUCAAGGAGUUGUAUCCCAAAUUUGCGUACAUCCAUGUCAUGGAACCGCGUGUCGAUGGCAACGUCGAUCGCGAGGUGCAGGCGGGCGAGUCCAACGAUUUCCUCCGUGAGAUAUGGCUCCCGCGUACCUACAUCGGCGUGGGUGGAUACACGCGGGACGACGCGCUUGGACAGUGUGAGAAGACCGGCGAAUUGAUCGCAUUCGCGCGUUCCUUCAUCUCGAACCCCGACCUGCCUCUUCGUCUUGCCAAGAACCUGCCGCUCACCAAGGGUAAGCGCGAGGACUACACACCGCCAUUCGAUGGUAAGGGAUACAUAGACUUCCCCUUUGCGGAAGACAGGUACAUUCAAAAUUUCCACUUGAGUCUCCUGGAAAACAAGCGACAUUCAAGCGGCCCAAAGCAGCAAGCAGAGUCUGAGCUACCUCCUCGGACAGCGACAAAUAAGCGACUGCUCGUCGCAAGCGCUCGCAGAUUCUGGCUUACGCGACUUUCAGCGACCUCAGCCCCAUUUGGGCGCUCAAAAGCAGCGAAAAGUCGCUUCUUGUCCAGCGAGAUUCCAGCGGUAGUUUUGACUGCACCUAUCCCACCAUUCGUGCCUCUGCCACAAGAGAAAGAUGGGGUCUGGGCCUUCAUGCAGGCGCUGCUGCCUGAGAAAGAGAUAGGACGUCAGCCCUAG